AUGGACUCCAUUUGCUUCGAAAACACCACCCGUACCCUGUUACUAACCCCAACAACUUUCUCCUCAUUAUCAGGUUUUAUUCUUCCACGUUGCUACCCUUUUCAUCUCUCUCUCUCUGUCUCGUGCACUCUCUCUCUCUUUUUCUCUCUCUCCCAUUCUCUUAACCUCGCUCUUUUUCUUUAUCUCUCUCUUUAUCUCUCUUUCUCUUUCUCUCACUUUCUCUCUCUUUCUUUAUCUCUCUUUUGCUCGUUCUCUCUCUCUCUUUCUCUUCCUCUCUCUUUCUCUAUUUCUCUUUUGCUCGUUCACUCUCUCUUUCUCUUUAUCUCGCUUUCUCUUUCUCUCUGCCUCUUUUUCUUUAUCUCUCUCUUUCACUUUCUCUUUCUGUCGCUCUUUCUCUCUCCCUCUUUUUCUUUAUCUCUCUCUUUCACUUUCUCUUUCUCUCUCUUUCUCUCUCUUUUUCUCUUUCUCUCUCUCACUCUCUCUCUCUGUCUCGACCACUCUCUCUCUUUUUCUCUCUCUCUCAUUCUCUUAACCUCUUUCUUUUUUUCUUUAUCUCUCUUUCUCUUUGUCUCUCUUUCUCUAUCUCUCUUUUGCUCGUUCUCUCUCUCUCUUUCUCUUUAUUUCGCUUUCUCUUUCUCUCCCGCUUUCUCUUUCUCUCUCCCUUUCUCUUUAUCUCUCUCUUCCUCUUUCUCUCUCUCUUUCUCUUUCUCUCUCUUUUUCUCGUUCUCUCUCUUUCACUUUCUCGUUCUCUCGCUCUUUCUCUUUUUCUCUCUCUUUCUCAUUCUCUCUCUUUUUCUCAUUCUCUCUCUCUAUCUCUUUAUCUCUCUCUCUCUCUCUUCCUCGUUGAUGAUCAUUAUGUUUAUUUAA